AAGUAAACUGAUCAACACCAACAUGGAAACCACUUAUCUUUCAUUCCUCUUCAUUCUCAUCGCUGCCGCUGCCGCUGCCGCCGAAGCCCCACCCCCGGUACUCGACAUAGCCGGGAAGCAGCUCCUCGCAGGAGCAGACUACUACAUCCUCCCCGUCAUUCGGGGCCGCGGCGGAGGCCUGACCCUCGCGGCCACCGGCAACGAAACCUGCCCUCUCGACGUCGCCCAAGAGCGGCAAGAAGUGAAGAACGGCCUCCCACUAAGCUUCCGCCCCACCAAUGCCAAAAAGGGGGUAAUCAGAACUUCAACUGAUCACAACAUCAAAUUCUCCGCUGCCUCAAUCUGUGUUCAAUCCACAGUUUGGAAGCUGCAUUUCGAUGAAUCCAUCCAAAAUUACACCAUCACCACAGGAGGAGCUGAGGGGAAUCCGGGGCGUGAAACCAUAAGCAAUUGGUUCAAGAUUGAGAAAUUUGAUGAGGAUUAUAUGCUUGUCUUCUGCCCUACUGUCUGCAAUUACUGCAAAGUUAUAUGCAAACAAGCUGGGAUUGUUGUUCAACAUGGACUCAGGCGUUUGGCUCUCACUGAUUCUGCACCUUUCAAAUUUAUGUUCAAGAAGGCAUAGUUAAUCAAAUGUUUGUCGUUUUAUUUUCUGGUAGGAAGAUAUGAUCAACUAAGUUUUCUUAAGAAAAGCUCAUCUUUAUGCAAAAAAUUAUUGGAUAUAAGUAGUAUUUUAUAUUGUGGAAUGAAUCCAAAUUUGACCAUCUUUA